GCCACGACCAGAGCGGAGGAUCAGCUUUUCCCCAUCGAAUCGUUCUCAUCUCGUCUCGUCUCGUCGUCCUCCACGUGAAUUCCUGUCGCCUCUCCUCCGCCAGCCCAAAAGAUGGACGCAAGCAGGCGCCCAAGCGGAAUUCAGCAAUUGCUGGCUGCAGAGCAAGAGGCUCAGCAGAUUAUCAGUACUGCUAGGGCUGCUAAAUCGGCAAGGCUUAGGCAAGCAAAGGAAGAGGCUGAGAGAGAAAUAGCCGAGUACCGUGCGCAGAUGGAGGCUGAUUUCCAGAAGAAGCUUGCAGAGACUAGCGGUGAUUCUGGCGCAAACGUCAAGCGCCUUGAGCAGGAGACAAACGAAAAGAUCGCACAACUCAAGCAGCAGGCAGCCAGCAUCUCUCCAGAGGUGAUUCAGAUGCUGCUGAGGCACGUCACCACUGUGAAGAACUAAAGGUUGAUGUGCAUUCUGUCCUGCAUAUGAUGGCGAACUUGUAUUAUCUGUUUAUUUAUUUGGAAGGUGUGAUAAGAAUUUGCUUUUGCCACUUCCAGCUGUAAUUCCUUGUUUAUUGUCUUGGAAUAAGCUGCUGCGGCUCAGCAGCAUGCCAUGUCUGAUACUACUUGAUAAACAUUUGGUGAUUAGUUGGUAAAUUUUGUGGAGUUCCAACUCA